CUGCUCUAUAAAAGAGACCCGCAAAGGGACCCUACCAGCUUCUAGCUCUCAGCGCGUGGGAAGCAAAGCCCAGACCUGCGGAGCAGAAAGCACCAGCUGCAGAGGCAAGGCCGGCAUGGCUCCCACUUUCAAACUUCAGUGUCACUUCAUUCUGAUCUGCCUGAUGGCUCUAAGAGGGGAGAGCCGGUACCUGGAGGUGAGCGAUUACCCGGUUGACCCAUCACACCUUCCUGUGCUGCGGGAAGCUGUGGACUACGACCCUUUCCUACUCUUCAGCGCCAACCUGAAGCGGGAGCUGCCGGGGGAGCAGCUGUACCGCCGCGCUAUGCGGUGCCUGGACAUGCUGAGCCUCCAGGGCCAGUUCACCUUCACCGCCGACCGGCCUCAGCUGCACUGCGCCGCCUUCUUCAUCGCAGAGCCCGAGGAGUUUAUCACCAUCCACUACGAACUGGUCUCCAUCGACUGUGAGAGCGGGGACUUCCUGAAGGUAUUUGAUGGUUGGAUUCUCAAGGGGGAGAAGUUCCCCAGUUCCGAGGAUCAUCCUCUCCCCAUGACUGAGCGGUACAUAGAUUUCUGUGAGAGUGGUCUUAGCAGAAGGAGCAUCAGAUCCUCCCAGAACGUGGCCAUGAUCUUCUUCCGGGUCCAUGAACCAGGAAAUGGGUUCACAUUAACCAUAAAGACAGAUCCUAACCUCUUUCCCUGCAAUGUCAUCUCCCAGACCCCAAAUGGAAGGUUUACUCUGGUCGUGCCACAUAAGCAUCGCAACUGCAGCUUCUCCAUCAUUUAUCCUGUGGUGAUCAAAAUAUCUGAUCUCACCCUGGGACACUUAAAUGGUCUGCAAUUAAAGAAGUCCUCAGCAGGUUGUGUGGGAAUAGGAGAUUUUGUGGAGCUGCUGGGAGGAACUGGACUCGACCCUUCCAAGAUGAUGCCUUUAGCUGAUCUCUGCUAUCCUUUUCACGGCCCUGCCCAGAUGAAAAUUGGCUGUGACAACACGGUGUUGCGCAUGGUCUCCAGUGGAAAACAUGUAAAUCGUGUGACUUUUGAAUACCGCCAGCUGGAACCAUACGAACUGGAAAACCCGAAUGGAAACAGUAUCCAGGAAUUCUGUUUGUCUACUCUUUGAAGAACCAAGCCAAUGAUUUCCAUGCUGCUAGCUAAGGGAGUUUUUAAUGGCCGUUAUAUAUGAUUUUGAUGAGCAGCUAGUUAAGAACCUUUCAUACAAAUCAGUAUUCCCAACCUUGAGCACAUAUCACACACACUAAUUUUUGUACCUUGCUUCUUUUUCAUUUGUAAGAUAUAAAUGACCACGUGGCAGAAAAUAAGCCCUCCCCCCGACCCCAGUAGAAAACCAGUUUCCAGUAAUUCUUUGAUAUGCUACCAACCUGAACUGGUAAGACGAGUGCAAUGAAAACUUGGAUCUCAAGGGAAAAUACUACAAAGAACUAAAAAUGUUAGUGCUCUUAUCAGUUUUAUGACAGAAAACGCAUGUCCGUGUGUACCAAAGUAGUUGCAUUUAUUUAUUUUCUGCUUAUUAUUCUGUUUACAGUAGAGAAUACUUGUAGCUAGUAUUAUUUAUUGAUUUGUAACAACUUUUUUUUAACAAACAUUUGUAGCAUGUAAAACACUUUGCAUCCGUAAAUCCAAACAUGAAUAAACAUAUUCAGAAUGUUGGCACCUCAA